CGCCGCCGCCCAUGGCCGCGCGCCACCUACUCCUCCUCAACGCCCACGCCAUCACCACCCACGACCCCGCCGCCAACGCUUCGAGGUCGCCGCCGCCUCCCGACCAGCGGCAGUCGUUCCCCACGCUGCUGCCGGUGUUUAUCCUCUUCGUCCUCCUCCUCUGCUUCCUCUCCAUCUUCCUCAUCCGUGACCUCCUCCACUUCCUCUCCCUCUGGCUCCGCCGCCGCCGCAGACGCCCAGGCUUCCACGACGGGGACGACGACGACGACGACGACGUGGCGCAGGGCUCACCGCCCGCGCCGCCGCGCAAGCCGCCGGGCCUCGACCCCGCCAUCCUCGCCUCCUUCCCCACGGUGCGCUUCGAUCAGGCCUCCGCCGCGGUGGUGCCGCCGGAGUGCGUGGUGUGCCUGUCGGACUUCACCGGCGGCGACGACGUCCGGCUGCUCACCGCCUGCCGCCACGCCUUCCACACGGCGUGCAUCGACUCGUGGCUACGCGCGCACACCACGUGCCCGGUGUGCCGCUCCGACCUCGACGCGCCGGUGCACGGCGAGCCCGCCAUUGCCGUCGACGUGGAGUGCGACCAGAGGGGCGGCGCCGGUUAACCGGUGAACGCCGGC